AUGAUUGAAAAUAGAUUGAUAUUUUAUGAUGAAUUGAAGGAACCAGAUCACCCUUUAUCUGAAAAACCAAUAUCAGAACUUAAUCUUCCAGAAAUCAUUCUAUUGACUGAGAACAUAUCCUGCUAUGGCAAAUUUUUCUCCGUUGUAUUUUAGAGAAAAUUAUUGGCUGGAAUAGUUGAUAAAGUUAAAUAAAGGAGAUUUGGCUAAAAAGGUACAAUCCAAAGACUUUGUUGUUGUUCCUAAUACAUUAGAUUAAAAUUAUUAGAAAGGAUUGCUGAAAGACAUGAAGUGGGGUUAAUUGAAAAUGGGGUUAAAUUGAGAUACGCAACUUCUGGAGAAUUCUUAUAGAUAUUUUGA